AUGCCCCCAGAUGACUCCAUCCGCAGAAGAAGUUACACUGAAUCUUCGCUUUUGCUGAAGCUUCCCAAAGAGGAGCAUACUGGGAACUACCUUGCACCUUUCCAAUUUGACCGGCAUGCUCUGGGCAGAAUUUCCACCUCUCCCACUUUAAGGCGCCUAAGGAUGGCAUCUGCAUCACAAGCACUGUCACUUCAGGACAGAGCUCUCAGGAGCUCUGACACAGCUCAUCUGGGGAAUCAAAAGGAAUACACCAGCUCGCUCCACCAUAUUUGUAAAAGUCUACCACAAUGCACUAAAUCUUCCUCAUUGUCAUCGCCUUCAUGUGUCCAUGGAAAAUUACUCUCUCCCGAAGGAAAGACCGAAACCACCAUAGCAGAUUGGGAGUCUGCUGGCCCUAAAUCAAGGCUGUCAAGCCAAAAAGACCCUCUCAGCAAUGAGAGUCCAGAGGCAGUGAUCCAAUACUCAUGGAAAGCCAGCUCUGAUGCUCUGCCUGAGAGACUUCUGCAUUCCAGCCCUAGGAAGGGGGAAGGCUUCCAGAAGAGCAGCCUGCCUAUAAAAAGAUCUGAUGGUACGUACCAUAAAUUGAAGGGAAAAAAACAGCAUUUUUUUCCAAAUUUCUUACUGAGAGAACGUAUCCCCUUCUGCCCCAUGAAUUCCUACACCCAGAUUCUCAGCUAUCCCCACACAUCACUAAGGAUGUUGAAUUACACCCUGGACUGUGGUGCCAGACACUAUUACAGAUGUGAGAUUUAG